AGCCCUACCCGAGUGCCUCGGGUGUGCGGCACCGGACCCCACGGGGAGAGAAGAGUCAGAGGUGGGAAGAAGGGGGAAUGACAGACGUUUGUACACGUUGCUGCUGUUGGUACAGCAGAUCGAGCGGCUGCUAGGUGCCGUAAGAUCACACGGACUGGGCGCUCGCAGAUGGUCAAGCAGAUUCAUGAGCCGAAAACAAGCGACCCGUCUUUUUUCCUUGUCGUGUGGAUGGCGUGGAGAAAAGGGUGCGUGCCUGACACUGCCAUUUACUGCUGCCCCUUUAAAUAUGUAAAGGCCACUCCCAUGCCCCCCAGAACCUUCUCUUUUCCAUCUGCACAGCCCCAGCUCUCAGCCUGUCCCCACAGGGAAGUGUUCCAUUCCUCAGGCGAUUUUUGUGGCCCUCGUCUGGAUGCACUCUAACAGGUCCAUAUCUCUUCUUUACUGUGGACUCCACAUCUGGACGCAGUGCUCCAGGAAGCUACACAACUAAAUUCAGACUCUUGUCCAGAGAAAGACAAAACACUCUGCAGAACUGCUGCAGCCAGUGUUGGCAGCACGGUGUGCUGUGCCAACAAGAGUCUGUUGGAGUUCUAUUCUGUUUUGUUGCCUCCCAAAAAGAAAGUACUUAAGCUCACAAUAUGGAUUUGCACUUCAAGUAUGGGAAGAAGCACAUGCACUUCAGGAUCUCAGAGGAGAACACAUCCACGAAGUAUCUAAAUGAAAACUUCUGACCCAAAUGCCAGUGCAGUGCACCAUAAUGACAUAUGUUUGAACACUGUAAAAAAUAAUAUAAAAACUUGGUAUAAGACUAUAUUGGAAAAAGAACAACUUGGAAUUUCAUGAGGCGGGUUUUAUCCUUGCUCUGGCUUAUGCUACAUGGUCUGGAGUUGACUGUAUAAUGUCUUGUAGUUAGAGAGCCAAAACCUCUUCUCUUGUGAAUGUGGUGAUGGGGGGAGUACUGGCAGAGGAUUCAUUCCAUCACUGUUACUUACAGUUAUAUUAUUUCAGAAGCAGAGUCUAUUUAGUGCCUUGUAUGUGGAAAGUACUUCUUACAUGUGUACAGGCACCUUGAUAAAAACUUGUUCAGCUGCUGGUGUUGCUCAGUAGCUGACCUUCGUCAAGAUGGCACUUCAGCAUCUGCUCUGUACUAAUGCCCAGGAAAGCAUACUACAUCUCACAUAACGUGCUGCCUGUGAUGUUUUUUCAGUGUAUUCAGACCUGAAUCAGAGCAGAGCCCUGUAUCUCUAGGAACAGACCCUCUGAUGGCAGUCACAUUGCUUACUCUCAUUCAGACCAUCCUUCUUCACCUUCAUGCUUGUUAAGCUGUUUUCCUUGGACAUCUCCAUCUAAAUUUGGCAGGUCAGUCCUGCUGUGAAGCUUUAGGAGGUAUGGCUGUGGGCCACUUAGUACAGACGUGUGGCCAGAAGUUUUCUGAGUGUGUCAGCUCUUCACAAGAACUAUGCUUGGUUUAGAGAUGACCAUGAAAUGCCCACAGAAAGACUAGGUGGUAUUUUUUAUGUAAAGUAACAAAUCAUAUUGAUUCAAUACAAGUGUAACUGUAUAUAACUUUAAAAGUCCCCAGGAAACCAUGAAAAUGUAAUACUGGAAUAUGUUCAAUUUAUAUUCUGAUGUUAAUAUACCAAGUGCUGGGAUUUUUGGAUUAGUCAUCCAAAAUCAUGUAAAGUACACUUAUGUAUUUGGAAAAGAAGGCCUCUAAUUACUUGAUGAAAAGUCAGAUGUUAAUCAUUACAGGUCUUUAGAAAUGGUUUGUUUGAACUGUUUGUAUUAGCUUUUGAAGCUCUAAAAGGGAUUGCAAUCUGAUUCUUCUCAACACUGUACAAACAUGCUUUGGAAAAUAGUCCAUGCCCAUGCAAUGUAACUGCAAUCAGAGGAGAAGUUCAGAGAGCUCAAGUGACUAAUCAAAAGUUACUGAAGUCUGGAGAUAACCCAAAUAUCUGAGCUGCUUUUCAUCCAUCAGGUCAUGCUGCUGUUAACAAAGUGAGCUUGGUUUCAGAUAGCUGUGUGUUCUGUUAUUCUACCAUAUCUUUCCCACUUUCAACAGACAGAUUAGGAAAUGGAAAUUUUAUUCUAGAAUGAUUGUGUUAAGAUACAAAACUUCUAAAUCUUUCUACCCAUUGAUUUAAAAAUCAAAUUCUACAUUUAUAUUAACACUUCUCAUAUCUAGGUGUGGUUGAAAAGUGCUCUGAGAGGCACAGUAUGACCGAAUCAAAGUUCUGUCUGCCACUACAAGGCGGCUAUUGUAUUGUCACCGUUUGCCAAACGCAGUGCUUCUGGAACUAUUGGACAGUGAAUAGAGAACAUCCAGGGAGCUAUAAACAAGGUGAGAGAAUAAGAGCAGAUUGAGAUCUGACCAGGACAUGGAGUGCAACAUGAGCUCACUGUGCUUCUCUGCUGUGUUUACUGAAGGUCACCUCCCUCCUGAUGUACAAGGUUGGCUCCUGGGCCUAAACGCUUCCAGACAGGGAGAUGCAUUCAGCAUUGGACAGGCACCAAAACAAGAGUGGGUCCAAGCCAAUUCCUGUGGUGAUCAUAGGGAAUGGACCUUCUGGAAUCUGUCUCUCAUAUUUGCUGUCGGGCUACACCCCUUACUUCAAAAGACACUCUCUUCAUCCUCAUCCCAUUCUUCAGAAUAAACUAGAAGAGGCAGUGGAUGUGUCCAUUUUGGACCAGGAUUUGGAGUAUCUGUCUGAAGGUUUAGAGGGAAGAUCCAACAGCCCUGUGGCUCUUCUGUUCGAUACCCUUCAACGACCUGAUACAGACUUUGGUGUGAGUGCAGAAUCUGUGCUCACUUGGAGGCAUGAGAUUGACAGAGCCAUUCCCCACCUGGUCCUUGGCAAGAACCCUCCAGGAGGCGCCUGGCAUUCUAUUGAGGGCUCUAUGAUUACCCUGAGCAGAGGGGAAUGGAUGGGACUCCCAGAUCUCCAGUUCAAAGACUGGCUAAAACAAAAGAAAAGGGGCCUCAGAAACCAUAGAGCCACAGCAGAAGACAUUGCUCAAUACUACCAACAUUAUGUGAUGAAGAAAGGGCUGCAGAAGAACUUUAGAUGUGGGACUGUUGUAACCUCUGUGAAGAAAGUGAGUGCAAAGAGCAUCUCCAACCAUGCACAGAAAGAUCUACAGAAGAGUGACUCACUAUGGAACUUCAGUGAGGAGAGUAUGGAGGUCUUUCAGGUGGAUGGAUUUGUCAAAACUGUCAAAGGUGACAGGGAGCCUUUCAGUGUCUAUGCAGAGAAUAUAGUCUUAGCUACAGGAACAUAUGAUAGUCCCACUUGGCUCAGGGUCAAGGGAGAGAACCUUUCCUAUGUCCAUCACCAGCUCUCUGCCUUAGAGGAAGCAGUGAAAAACAACAGUAUUGGUAUCACAUCAGAUCCAGUUUUGAUUGUAGGUGCUGGGUUGACAGCUGCUGAUGCGAUUCUCUUUGCUCACCACUGCAGUAUUCCAGUAAUUCAUGUUUUUCGGAGACAAGUCAGUGAUCCAGGUCUUAUUUUUAACCAGCUACCCAAAAUGAUGUACCCUGAAUACCACAAAGUCCAUCAGAUGAUGAAAGAACAGUCAGCUGCUUGUGCUGGGCCCUAUGAGUGCUACGUUAGCCUACCUGAGCACCAUGUACUAUCUUUUGGCAAGGACAAGAAAUGUGUCCUUCAAGACAAGGAUGGCUGCCAGAAAGCUUAUAAAAUUUCCAUGGCUCUUGUUCUAACGGGUUCAAAUCCCAACCUCUUCUUUCUGCCAAAUAAUGGCAUUGACUUGGCAAUGGACAGUGACCAACCAGUCAAUCCCAAGAGGAAUCCCAUAGAUAUUGACCCAUUCACUUAUGAAUGUACUCAGGAGAAAGGGCUUUAUGCUCUAGGGCCUCUAGCUGGAGAUAACUUUGUACGCUUUGUACAGGGAGGGGCUCUAGCUGCUGCCAGCUCUCUCUUAAGGAAAGCAAACAAAAAUCCUCCAUAACAAAAAAGGCUGCCUAUGCUAACAAUGUCUGACUGGGUUACUGCCGUUACCAGAGAAUUUGAUAUGUACAUCCUUAAAUGAGAAGCCCACUCUUGCCAUUCUCCAGGAUUAUGCAGAGUUACUAAGUUCUUGCUGAGCUAUUUGGAAAGGUUACGUCACCAAACAGAGUGAGUUUCAUUCAUGGCAGUAACUUCAUUCCCAGGGUAUUCUGCUCCUAUUCUACAUAGCUGUGUAUGUAGGUAGCAGGGUCAUUGAACCUUCCUCCUGGAGAAGUGGAGGGUAAGGUAGCAAUUGCUCUUCUGUGUUAACACCUCCCAGGUUUCUGAAAAUUGAAUUGAGGAAGAAUCGAUGUCAGUUACUUCCAGACAGCAGGCUGACAACUCUGUCAGUCUUCCAGUGUUUGUGAUGAAGCAAAAUAAGACAAUGUGGUUUUGAUUGCUCCUGUGGUUCAGCUGUAUGUUCUUAUUAGAUGAGAACUCACUGGAAGAAGUGCAAAUAAACUGGCACAGAAACACAGCCAAAAAUGUAUCAUCUCAUUGAUGACACCAGCAACAUGUAAUAUAUAUAUUAAUAUAUAUCCUUUUAUUCAGAA